AGUUAUAUUGUGACAAUUAAUCAGCUUAUUUAAGUUUCUAUUUCUGUUUCUAUUUUUUUUUUUUUUUGUUUUUUACUGACAUUGUCGUUUUUCGAAUAUCCAAUUAUCUGAAGAAGCGAACAUUUAUGAAUAUUUCCUGUGAAAGCGCAAAGUACAAUCAGCGAAGCGUCGUCGAUUUUUCUAGGGUUCCUCUUCAUUCAAGCAUACAAUGUCGACGCCGAAAAACACUAAGAAUUCCGACUCGGAAUCGGAGAUUGAGAACGUUCCAAGCCACGAAUCGAGUUUCGCGUCCGACUCUCUGGCUACCGCUAAUCCGUCGAGUCCUCCUAUUGUUUGCCUCUUUAAAUUCGCCGGUGACUCCGCCGGCGGUGCUUUAAUGGGCUCCAUUUUUGGCUACGGGUCCGGAUUAAUUAAGAAGAAGGGCUUUAAGGGAUCAUUUCCAGAAGCUGGAUCUUCUGCCAAGACAUUUGCAGUUCUAUCUGGAGUACACAGUUUAGUUGUCUGUUUUUUAAAGAGAUUGCGGGGAAAAGAUGAUGUCAUAAAUGCAGGGGUUGCUGGUUGUUGCACAGGCCUUGCUCUAAGCUUUCCAGGUGCACCACAAGCUCUACUUCAAAGCUGCCUCACAUUUGGAGCAUUCUCGUUCAUAAUCGAAGGUCUUAACAAGCAACAGCCUGCACUUGCUCAACCAUUUUCGACGAGGGUCAACCGGCAGCAUAAUGGUGUACUUCCUCCAUUGGCGUUACCCCUGCCAAAUGAGUUGAAGGAGUCAUUUGCAUCAUUUUGCCGGUCUAUAAGAAAAUGAGACGGCAUGAUGAAUUUUGUAAAGUUGAAUCGCUGUCUUGAAAUUUGAACUAAACUGUUCUAUGUAGUAGAGCUGAAUUUAAGGCUUCCUUUUUAUGCUAUUACCACUUCAAUGAUUUA